AUAAUUGCAAAAUCCAUAUUUCCUUGCAAAAAUGUACCACCAUUUUCAUCAUGUUUUAAGUUUCUUGAAUUGAUACGUGUCCUUGUAAAAAUGUUGAUGGCGUCAUCACAAAAUUGUGUAAAUAAAAACUCAACUCGAAAAGCUGGAUAUGUUUUAUUGUACUUUAGAUGCCAUAGAAGUUCUGGCGAAACAAGUUUCAACCAAGUUAAUUUGUGAAACAAAAUUUUAUAAUUUAUUUUAAAAACUUGACUUGUUUAAUUAACCGUGCUUCCGGGGAGAGAGAAGUUCUGUCUAAAUAACUUUAGACCAAUUUUUUUUAAAACAAAGUACCUUCAUCUGCAGCACAUUAUAAGACAAAUCGAUUUCAUGCAGCAUACUGACCUCAGAAAUAAAUAAACAAUAAAAUGAAUAUUAAUAUCGACUUAAUUUAAUUGUAUGUCUUUACAUGCAUAGUGCAGCAACAGGUUUGCAUUCUAUUCUUCUUUUUAUGUCACUUACGUAAGCGAAAAAAGAAAAAGAAAAGAAAUUAAAUUUGCAACCGGAUUAUUUAUACAAAAUUUUCGAGAAUUGAUUUUUAUUCACUAAAGUUUAAGCUAAGUGCAAAGAAUAAUUUACUACGUGAAGGUAACGCGUUGUUUGUUAAAAAUUACUACAAGACGUUCCCUCCAUAGACUUCUCUUUAAUUUAAGGCCACUUUUCCAUCUUUGGAGUACAUGACGUUGCAUUCUGCAUUUCAAAACACAACCUAGGCCCUCCAUAUUUGAUGAUCGUAGCUCCUGGUCACAUUUUAGUUUAGUCGCGGAUCAUAAUUAUUUCUACGCAUAAAUCCAAGGCUUUUAUUCGUGAAUUAUAAAAUUUGAAACUUGGAUCUACAAUGAAUAGACGUGCUCGUGUUAAACCAGAUUCAGCGCAAGAUGGAAGCAAGGAAAAUAUUACAUGCAGUAGAGACAUGGAACGGCGAGCUGACAAAGUUUAUAAAUUGUUCGCUUUCCUUGCACCGAUUUAUGAUAUCGUUCACGACGUAAUAUUCUUUGGUGUUCAUCGAAUAUGGAGAAACAGACUUGUAACUUUAUUAAAUCCUGGCGAGAACACAAAAUUGGUUGAUAUGGCUGGAGGAACAGGUGACAUCGCAUUUCGCGUUCUUAAUUACGCCAAAAAACGCAAAAUUAAAAACUGUCACGUGACCGUAUGUGACAUAAACCAACCAAUGCUGGAAGCAGGUAAAGCUCGAACGAAAGGAGUUCCAGACUAUGAGGCAAUGGAGUGGGUGAAAGACGAUGCUGAAUAUUCCGCAUUUCCGGAUAAUUGUUUUACAGCGUAUACUAUAGCUUUCGGCAUACGCAACUGCACUCACUAUGACAAAGUAUUAGAAGAAGCUCACAGAAUUCUACAACCUGGCGGAAAAUUUUUAUGUCUAGAAGCUUUUCGCGCGGAGGGAACCAUUUUUAUUUGGUUACAUGAUUUUUUCUACGGAAAAGUGUAUCCGGUGUUGGAGUGUAUCAUCACAUGGAGGAAACCACGGUUUACUUCUUUUCUAGCAGAAACUCUGGAGGAUCUUCCUGACAAGGACAACUUCAAAGUUAUGAUGGAGGAAGCUGGGUUUAAGAACGUUACUUACGAAACUCUGUUCUUUGGAUUGAUGACAAUCCACAUUGGGAACAAGGAGUAAAUUUUCGGAAACAAACAACGUAAAAAACUGGAAAUAUUCAGUUUCAAGUGAUAUGAAGCAUCAGGUGUUAAUAAGUACAAAUAUUUGUUUAAAUUUUGAAAAUUCUUAACUGUUUUUUGGCAUGUGUUGUUUCAAUCUGUAUUGUACAGAAAUCAUAUAGUAUUGAUGUAGAUUUGGAAUUAGGAAAGUUAAUUAAACAAGUUUGGCUG